ACAAGGCUACGGUACCAGGUCAAAAAAACUUGUCUGCUAAUUUUCUUUGGCGGGAACUCGUUUUAAACUAAAAAUGGCAGCAACUUUAGGUGCAUUUUCCCGUAUUUUCCAUCAGAAAUGUAGGAUCCUCAGCAUCAGUGCCAUUAGACCUGGUUUUCUCGGAAGUGAGCAUCAGUGGUUGCCAUGGAAACACGAUACCAAGCAGUUUUCUAAUGACCUCCCGGCCAAGCCGAAGAGACCUCUUACCACCUUUUUCCUGUUUUCUACUGAGCAAAGACCCAAACUUACGGCAAUGGAACCAAAUCUCAGUGUUACUGACCUGUCAAAGAAAAUAGCUGCAAUGUGGAAGGAUUUAUCAGAUGAUGAGAAAGAGGUUUAUAGGUUAGAAUUUGAGUCAAGAAGAGAAAAAUACAUGGAAGAGAUGGAGGAAUAUAGAUCUAGACUAACAGACGAACAGCUUGAGACUGUGACUGAGAUGGGCAGAAAGAAGCGAGAAAUGAGAGCAAAACGUCGACAUAAAACGGAAAUGAAGAAAUUGAACAAGCCUAAAAAGCCUCCUACAGGAUAUUCUUUGUUUAUCAGAGCACAUUUCAGCCAACAGAUGGUCGGUGGAAGAACGAGAGAGGAAGUUAGGGCUCAAUUCAGAGAAGCAGCGUCAAUAUGGCGGUCAUUACCAGAAGAGGAGAAACAGCAAUACAAUGAAGAAUCCUCCCUGCUGACAGAGACAUACAGAGAGGAGAUGGAUGAAUGGAAGAGGAAAAUGGAGGAAGAUGGCAUCGCAACUUAGCCCUUCUGUUUCUUUCCAACUCCAAAGAAGAAAAAUUUCGCUUUUCAAGGAAAAGUUACAUGCGUUUGUCUGAUGAAUGGACAUGUGCUUUUUAUACCUUUGCCAACGAAUGAUGUUUGUCUUUUGGUAUGUGUGCCUCUUCGAAUGGCACACUCUCCGACAUGAUUGAUUGGCAAGUUUUUGCACCGCUAUGCUGAGCAAAUUCCAGAACACAGUAAACGUAUUGAAAAUGCCCUUCAAAUGACAACGAACAGCUGGGAGGUCAUCGUCGAAAAUUGGUUAACCAGAAGAGCAGUUCGUCCUUUGUUUCAGAACUGACAAUUUUUUUUAAAUGAAAUCGUUUGUCCAGAGUCCAGGAUAUCACCGCUGUUUUGAUUCACCAAUUUUCUACAAAGAUUUCUUGGUUGCUCAUGUCAUAAAGUGCAUUUGACAAUACAUUUUCUAUGUUCUUGAAAGCGUUCUGCGUCACGGUGUAAAAAGUCCUUAAAGACAGCUUUAAAGCUGACAUACUUUACUCAUUUCUGGCUAAUUGUGAAAGCUUGAAAUUAUCAUGAUACAUCACACAUCUUACAACAGAGCAAAUAUGGGAUUUCAUGAAAAAAGUUUAGUCAGUGAUUUUCACUUACCAAUCUGUUCUGGGCCAAUCAGAUGCAAUGAUUUCAGUAGCUUAUAACAGUUGUCAUUGAAAAUCACUGACUAUUUGUUUAAUGAAAUACUCCCCAGAUGAGAUAUCAGAAUUGGUAUUUCAUUGCCUCUUCGAUGUCAUGGAAUAACUGAAUUAAACUAUAUCAACAGUGUUACAAAUCAUAAUUAGAUUGAGAUAUUUUUGAAAAAUAUAAAACAAAAACUAAUGGGAGCUGAAGAUAGCGUUCAUCUGCCCACGCCCAACCUCUAAAAUUAAAACCAAGAAGAACAAACGUGCCCUAUAUCUUUUAAGAUAAAUUUUAACGUUUGAUGACAUCCUGGAAUCAUUUGAUUAUUGAGCAACCCUGUCAUGAUGGGUCAUAAAGUGGAUAAAGAUUUGAUUUGAAUUUUUACUCAAUAUCUAUGAUAUACUUGUCAGCAUCAAGACAUCAAUUCCUCUGUUUGGUUUCUCUUUAAUAUCCAUGAAUGCUUACUAUGUCAGUGCAGUCCAAGAGAUAUAUACUUCAUGUCAAUGUGUCAAGGUCGCCGCACACCUUACGAUUGGUCCGAGUCCCGAUUCUUUAAUGCGGAUAAUGAAACAUGGAACAUCUUGCUGUGCAAAGUUCCAUCAUCAUAUAAAUAUCUACAUGUAUCAUGUAUGUUCAAAUCUGUGACUAUGAAACUGAAUUCAAUAUCUAAUUGUGAUUUCGUCAUAGCAAUCAUACCAUAAGCUACGAUUUGAAACAAAUUUGGCCUUCACUCCAAAAUAAAGGCUUGGAAUAAACCCAAAUUGUUUUAUUAGUAUUCUUACAAUUAUUUUGAACCAUGGAUAACAGGAUGUUAUCUAUUAAAUUUUUUUCAGAAAAUAAGCAAAAUGUAAUUUGUCCCAAAAUUGGAUAGUAGGCCAGUCGUAAUAUGUGCAGUGGCCUUUGUGAAUAUUGAUGCUACCUCACCAAUUUUUGUUUAUUCACAAGAGCUCUGUUAAGUCACAUCAGAGAGAACAAAAACAUGACCUUUUUUAAAGGGAGGAGUGUCUAGUUUUCCUCAAUUACCUAAAAGGUAAAGAAUAAUGACUUUCUACUCACCUACCAAAUAUAGUAGAUAUUUUUAGGUGUUUAUUAUCUGAGUCCUAGUAAAAGUUAAAUCUCAUUAAAAUAUCUACUGUACACCCGGGGGGGCCACUUCCAUUCACGAGUGGAUACCAUGCGCGACCAUGGGGUCUCGAAAAGCACCCUAAACACGUUAUUUCCAUAUUCUGAAAAUGCACCCCUUAACAAGUAUUGGCGUGUGAAACCCUACCCUUAACAAGUAUUGGAAACAAAACGAUACUCUUGGCAAAUAUUCCCUGAAAUCAACCCCUAAACAAGUACAGGAAUGUUUUAUUGUUACGGGUCCUUCGGUCGUCGGCUUUACCUUAUUUGGUUUAGUACGACCCCACCUUCUACACCUCGCGCAAAUCGGACUCUAAACACGAAGUGUUGGGGCAAAAUGGACAUCCUUUAUAAAACAUUUUUUUUGGGGGUUUUAUCAUUCCCGCAAAUUCGACCCUAAACACGUAAUUUUCCUAGCGAAAUAGACACCCUUUUUUCAUUCAUUUUGUGUUUUUGACACCCUUAUCACGUUACGUACGUAACGUGCCCUAUCGUGAAAAGGACAUCCUUUUUACAUGUUUUUUUGGUCGCGCAUGGUAUCCACUCGUCAAUGUAAGUGGCCCCCCGGGACUGUACAUGUGGUAGAACAGUCCCAUUUAAAAAAUAAAAAAUAAAGAACAGAAGAAGAAGGGAGGUAAUUGUUUUGUGAAUGUAUUUCAAUUGGUGCCAAAAUUAUGUAUGAACCUGCAUAUUUUUUUUAUUGAAUGCCUUUACAUGUAUGUACAUGUAUUUGUAUUGAAUGUCAAGAUAAAAAUAUGCCAUUCAUUAUUUUCCAUCAAAAUAUGUCUAUUGAAGUCUAUUGAAGAUGAUUUAAACUAUAUUCCUAUUAUAUCAUUCAAUGAUAAUUUGAUCUUAUGUGCUAGUUUGUUUGUAUUCUGUGUGUAGGAAUUGACAGUAUUAAAUGUGUGGAAAGGGACUUCCUGUCAUUUUGAGAUUGCACAGCUGCGAUCAAAGGAAGUAUUAUACAUGGACCUUGUUUCAUAAAACUGAAUCAUUCUUGAGUUCUUAGCUAUAAUCAAUGGGAGGCUUCAUGACACACUAUGUAUUCAUUUGUGGGCUUGUGUUUGGUCCUGGGGCCUGUCUUACAAAGAGUUAUGAUUGAUCCAAUCAACCACAACUAUGGAAAGCCAGGAGUGUCAACAUCUAAAAUACAUAUUCAAAAUAUUAUCUAAAUAUGAUGUAUAUUCAAACAUUCACUGUUUUAUUGACAAUUCAGUAUGCUUCUCUUUGUUUUCAAAGGACAUUGUGCAAAUUUCCUAAAGAAAAAAAUUAUGACAUGGAUGGAUUUCCAUAUACUUGGGAUUGAUCGGAUAAAUCAAAGGCCCUGGAAAGGACCAUCCAGUACUGAAGUCAUGGCUUUUGAUUGGUUUGUAGCAACUUUGACAUGGAAUCCCAUCAUUUGUUAUUGAUAACAUGGUUUUAUGAAACAGAUCCUGAUGUAUUUAAGAGUGUGUUUUUUAUCAAAGUGUUUAAUUGUCAUCAUUAACAGAGAAAAAAAUUAUAGAUAUUGUCUAUAAGAAUAAAAAACUUGGAAUAUUUAACCUUUGUUUCUUGUAGGGAAAGGGUAUUCUGCAGGAUUAAUCACAAUUCUUUGUAUUAAAGGUGGGGCUCAUGAGUUGACAUUAAUUUGAAUCUAUUAUCAAUCACAACUCAAGCAAGGGUCCAUGUAUUUGUAUACUACAUAGUACAUGUAAAUUGUUGUUUGUUUCACAAUUUGUGGUAUGCCAUUGUAUUGUUUAUAUUUUGUACACUUGCCUCCCAGGGUCCCUAUUUCAUAUAACCAUGAUGUAAUAUUUGAGAAGGUAUUACAGGAUAAUUGCAAUCAAUUGAAACUUAAUUUUAUAUGUAUGUAGGUCUGAUAAUCAAUUAUGAGUCUUGCUCUUAAUCGCAAAUUUAUAGUUGCUUGCUUGUCUACAUGUUCUUGUUGCAACAGAAGGUAUUUAGACCUCACACUAUGCGAUUCGUUGCGAUCCAGUUUUCAAAGAAAUCACAAUAACAUUUGACAUGAACACUCCAACCAAUGAAAUCUUAGUGAUCCGAGGUCAGAAUAGUUGUAGGACUACUGAAAUAGAAAUUCAAUGUAGUUCGAGCAUAAAUGUAGGAAUAAAAGCAAAUCCAAUUCCAAAUCGUAAUGACGUUAUCAUCGGCUGCGACUUGAAGCCGAUUUGGACUUUACUCCGACAACAGGGCUUCCCGCAAAGGAAAAUUAUGAUAUUCCUAACAUUAUGCCGAACUUCAAAUAAAAUAAUUUUUGUUUUAGGAACUCUCAUAUUUAAUGCAAAAUGUGAUUUAUUAAAAAAUAAUUUAUCGGAUCGCACAGUGUGAGGCGGGCUUUAAUCAUGUAUAUGUAUGUCAUCUAUCAAUUGCAAGCGAUGUAUUGCUCAAACCACUUAGGGCCUUUCCACACGUGAAUCUUGAAUCAUUGUAAUGAGGACUGCAAUUCUUCUUUAGGAUCAUUGGACCUUUCACACGCAAAAUUUGUACAGUAAUUUGAGUGAAACUUAACUGGAAUUCACCUCCGGAGUAGAAUUUGAAUUCAUGAUUGUGGUUAGCGUUUGUGAUUCCAGUCAUGUUCUAGUUCGGUUUCACACAUGCAAAAAAUUUGUCAUUAGCCUUAUUUUUCACUGGAAUCAUCAUUCAAAUUACGAUUUUUUUUUCCUGUGUGAAAGGGCGGUUAGUUGAUGGACAUUUGAAAAUUGUGUUUUUGUUAUGGUUAUAACAAAUUGCUUCUGGGGAGGAAAUUCAUACGUCAUGUAAUUCAUGAUUUCUUGAAACAGGAGCCCCAGGGCCACCUCCAAGGUUAAUUUCUUCAUAAGGGCAUUUUUAUUUUGUAGGAAGAGGAGGAAAAAUGUAAAUAGCUUUUGAAGGGCAUUUCUGCCCCCUGAACUCUAUCAUAUAUGCAUCAUGCAAGUACUGCAUAUUUUAUAAUAAAACUGAAUCAUGAAAAUGAAAA